GGGGGAGGAGGAAGAAAACGAAAAAGAUUGAGGAGAGGAGGAGAAAGAGGAGGAGGAGGAGAAAAGCGAAGAAAAAGAGACGGAGCCUGAGAGAGGGAGAAAGAGCGAGAGGGGAAGAAAGAGAGGCAGAAAGGGCGUGUUUCUGCGCUGCCUUUCCCCUCCCCUUUCUCAGGUCCCGGGCUGGGGCUCCGCGCUCUUUGGCUGCAACUCUCUCGGGGCGAAGCCCGGCACUGGGUGGGCUUGCUCCGAGCAGCCCCACCGCCGCUGCUACCCGACCCCGGCUGGAAGAGGGCGCCCAGCCUCGCCGCAUCCCCCGCUGGCUCUCCCGGGCGCCGGGAGCCUCAGCCCGGGGCACCGCUUCGCGCCCGCCGCCCCCUGCCCGGCCCCGGCCGGGCGCCCUCCGCCCUCCCCCUCCGGCGCGCGGGGGCCCGGCCGCUUCCGCCCUCCGGGGGCUGCGAAAGCGGCUCCGGCCGCGGGGAGCUCCAGCCAUGGGCGCGGGGCGCGUGCCCUGGCUCAGCCUGCUUGUACUGCUGGUCCACGCCCGCGCCGCCCAGUCCGGCAAAGCCGCGCAAGAUGUGGACGAAUGUGUGGAGGGAACUGACAACUGCCACAUUGAUGCUAUCUGCCAGAACACCCCAAGGUCCUACAAAUGCAUCUGCAAGUCUGGUUACACGGGGGAUGGUAAACACUGCAAAGAUGUAGAUGAGUGUGAACGAGAGGAUAAUGCAGGCUGUGUGCACGACUGUGUCAACAUCCCCGGCAACUACCGAUGUACCUGCUAUGAUGGAUUCCACCUGGCGCACGACGGACACAACUGUCUGGAUGUGGACGAGUGUGCUGAGGGCAAUGGUGGCUGUCAGCAAAGCUGUGUCAACAUGAUGGGCAGCUAUGAGUGCCACUGUCGAGAAGGCUUCUUCCUCAGUGACAACCAACACACCUGCAUUCAGCGGCCAGAAGAAGGAAUGAAUUGCAUGAAUAAGAACCAUGGCUGUGCUCACAUCUGCCGGGAGACACCCAAAGGGGGUAUUGCCUGUGAAUGUCGCCCUGGCUUCGAGCUCACCAAGAACCAGCGGGAUUGUAAAUUGACGUGCAACUAUGGGAAUGGUGGCUGCCAGCACACAUGUGAUGACACCGAGCAGGGUCCCCGGUGCGGCUGUCAUGUCAAGUUUGUGCUCCAUACUGAUGGAAAGACAUGCAUCGGGGAAAGGCGGCUAGAGCAGCACAUCCCCCCUCAGGCCGUUUCUAAUGAGACUUGUGCUGUCAACAACGGCGGCUGUGACAGUAAGUGCCAUGAUGCAGCAACUGGUGUCCACUGCAGCUGCCCUGUGGGCUUCAUGCUGCAGCCAGACAGGAAGACCUGCAAAGACAUAGAUGAGUGCCGUUUAAACAAUGGGGGCUGUGACCACAUCUGCCGAAACACAGUGGGAAGCUUUGAAUGUAGCUGCAAGAAGGGUUACAAACUUCUCAUCAAUGAGAGGAACUGCCAAGAUAUAGACGAGUGUUCCUUUGAUCGAACCUGUGACCACAUAUGUGUCAAUACUCCAGGAAGCUUCCAGUGCCUCUGCCAUCAUGGCUACCUGCUGUAUGGUGUAACCCACUGUGGGGAUGUGGAUGAGUGCAGUAUCAAUCGAGGAGGUUGCCGUUUUGGCUGCAUCAACACUCCUGGUAGCUACCAGUGUACCUGCCCAUCAGGCCAUGGCAGGUUGCACUGGAAUGGCAAAGAUUGCACAGAGCCAGUGAAGUGUCAGAGCAGUUCUGGUGCCUCAAAAGCUAUGCUCAGCUGCAACAGGUCUGGCAAGAAGGAUACCUGUGCCCUGACCUGCCCCUCCCGAGCCCGGUUUUUGCCAGAGUCUGAGAAUGGCUUCACGGUGAGCUGUGGCACCCCCAGCCCCAGGGCCACUCCAGCCAAAGCAGGCCACCCCGGGAACAGCACAAACUCCAACCACUGCCAUGAGGCUGCAGUGCUGUCGGUUAAGCAGCGGGCCUCCUUCAAGAUCAAGGAUGCCAAAUGCCGUUUGCACCUACGAAACAAAGGCAAAAUGGAGGAAGCCAGCAGAAACCCGGGGCCAGGUGGUGCCCCCUGCUCUGACUGCCAGGUCACCUUCAUCCACCUCAAGUGUGACUCCUCUCGGAAGGGCAAGGGCCGGAGGGCCCGGACCCCUCCUGGCAAGGAAGUCACUCGGCUUACCCUAGAACUAGAGGCAGAAGUCCGAGCGGAAGACACCACAGCCAGCUGUGGGCUGACCUGCCUCCGACAGCGGAUGGAGCGGCGACUGAAAGGUUCCCUGAAGAUGCUCAGAAAAUCCAUCAACCAGGACCGCUUCCUGCUGCGCCUGGCAGGCCUUGACUAUGAGCUGGCCCACAAGCCAGGCCUGGUAGCUGGGGAGCGACCAGAGCUGCUGGAGGCCUGCAAGCCUGGACAGCACCGUGCUGGGGUCAAGUGUGUCAGCUGCCCGCAGGGAACGUAUUACCACGGCCAGACGGAGCAGUGUGUGCCAUGCCCAGCGGGCACCUUCCAGGAGAGAGAAGGGCAACUCUCCUGCGACCUUUGCCCUGGGAGUGAUGCCCACGGGCCUCUUGGAGCCACCAACAUCACCACAUGUGCAGGUCAGUGCUCACCUGGCCAACACUCUGUAGAUGGAUUCAAGCCCUGCCAGCCAUGUCCGCGUGGCACCUACCAACCUGAAGCAGGACGGACCCUAUGCUUCCCAUGUGGUGGGGGCCUUACUACCAAGCAUGAGGGGGCCAUUUCCUUCCAAGACUGUGACACUAAAGUCCAGUGCUCCCCUGGGCACUAUUACAACACCAGUAUCCAUCGCUGUAUCCGCUGUGCCAUGGGCUCCUAUCAGCCUGACUUCCGUCAGAACUUCUGCACCCGUUGUCCAGGAAACACAAGCACUGACUUUGAUGGAUCCACCAGUGUAGCCCAGUGCAAGAAUCGUCAGUGUGGUGGGGAGCUGGGUGAGUUCACUGGCUAUAUCGAGUCCCCCAACUACCCAGGCAACUACCCAGCCGGCGUGGAGUGCGUCUGGAACAUCAACCCCCCACCCAAGCGCAAGAUCCUUAUUGUGGUACCCGAGAUCUUCCUGCCGUCAGAGGACGAAUGUGGGGACGUCCUCGUCAUGAGAAAGAACUCCUCCCCAGCCUCCAUUACCACCUAUGAGACCUGCCAGACCUAUGAGCGCCCUAUUGCCUUCACGGCUCGUUCCAGGAAGCUCUGGAUCAAUUUCAAGACUAGUGAGGCCAACAGUGCCCGUGGUUUCCAGAUCCCUUAUGUCACCUACGAUGAGGACUACGAGCAGCUAGUGGAAGACAUCGUGCGAGAUGGACGGCUCUAUGCAUCUGAAAACCACCAGGAGAUUCUGAAGGACAAGAAGCUCAUCAAAGCCUUCUUUGAGGUGUUGGCUCACCCUCAGAACUACUUCAAGUACACAGAGAAGCACAAGGAGAUGCUGCCAAAAUCCUUCAUCAAGUUGCUCCGUUCGAAAGUUUCCAGCUUCUUAAGACCCUACAAAUAAUGCCUCUAAGUACAAGACCUGAGUUUUGAAACCCCCAGACUCUUAGCCCUCAGAGCCAGCAGCCCCUCCCCUCUUCAGACUAGGCACCUUCUCUCUUUGGAGAAAAAAAAAAAAAAUCACUAUAUAGAACAGGUACUCUCCUUUUCUGUUCUUUAGCUUCCUUUCCUGGUCCCUCACUUCCUCUGUCUCUUUUCUUGACUAGCUUCCCUUUUCCUACAUGUUCCCUGGGAAAGCUGUUCAGUGCUGGCUCUAUUUCCCCAUGCAGGGUAAAGGAACACCCCUCCCUAACCACACUGCUAUUUUACCAGCACACAUCUCUGGCUCCAUCAACUUGGAAGGGUGCUUGUAACCCACAAAGGAAGUGGGAAUGGGUGGUGGUGAUAGUGGAAAAGGGGCUUCUGCCAUUAUAGGGUUGUGCCUUGCUUGUCAGGAGCCAAAAUGUCCCCUGGCUGUCCCCUGCUCCUGCUCCCCCGCUCCCCUAGAGUGAUUCUAACAUCCCAGAGUUCUGCCAAAGAAGCCUUUGACUUACAGGUUUAAUGCCAGCACUGGUCCUCUGGGGCUCACGGUUUGAGCUCUGGACUGCCGACAUGGCCAGCUUUCUCUUCUAUACAGCUCCUAUCCUUCCUCCUUCACAUGUCUGCCUGGGGUCCACCCAUGAGGGCUUACAAAAGACCCAUGCCACUGGGCUAGUGGACAACAGCCGAAUGAGGAAGAGCAGCAGGCACUACCAUGUUUAACGUGCUGCUGAGACUCCCCAAAAGAAAGACUAUAGCUCUGCAGGACAGAAACUAGGUUUUAAAGCAUCACCAAAAAAAGAAGUGUAAGAAAAUGUGCCGUCUAAAGGACUACACUACAGAAUAAUUGGAAGCCAGCCUCAAACACUAGUCCUUUUUCUUACUUGUUUUCCCUGGCCCAGCCACCCCCUAACCCCAACCAAGUGCUCCCUGGGGGAGCCCUCCUCCCUUUGCUAAGUGUUGUGUUUAAAGAAACAUGGCUGCUGACUGGAAGCAUGCCUGGGUCUUGCCUCAGAGUUGUCUUCCCCUUGUAGCCCCAGCUGGCUUGUGGGUUCCACCAAAGAGGAUCUCACUCUGCAGUCAGCCUGGAGCCACCUACCUCUGGCCCCAGCCUGUGGGAAGCAAGAGGAAUGUGUGUGCACUUGGCAAGCCUUCUGCCCACCCUGUCCACAUCUAAUAAGUGCAAUCAUUUUGAGUCUUUCUGUGUUGUCUAGAGGAAGGGGUUUUGUUGCAUUUUCUUGUUUUUGUUUCUUUUUCCUCUAUUAGAGCAACCUUAUUUAUAGCUGCCCACAGAGAAGAGUGUAUGUUUGGAGUGGAAGAAAGUUAGUUCAGGCUUUGAGUGCUGGAGCAUCUGAUCUGUCUCUACUCUUACACCAGUGCUCAUCUAGACCUUUAGAGUCUUUAGCUGAGGUAACCCAAGGGAUGAAACUCAGAGGCACCUGAUGUGUAGGACAGUGAUUCUGGGAUCUUGAGGGAGAAGGAAGGAAAGGGACCUAUGUUUGCUAAACCAAUCCUGCCCAUCCUUAUGCUUCUCCAUGGAUUCAGCAUGGACCUCAUAGUUGUAGGGCCCAAUGGAACUGGUCAGUGAUUCUUCACUGAAAGUGAUUCUUCCAGCUUUUCCCUGACUUCAUCCUGUUUACUCCUACUGUGCAUAUGGAAGGUGACCGGGACGAACCUAGGGAUGGGCUGACUCACGAGACAAAGUUGUGGAAGCCAAAAAUAGGACUGUUAUCCAGGCAUAAAACAAUUGACACACCUUGGAUACUGCCCAUACUUGACCUGCUUGUAACUCCUUUGAGGAACUGACUUCAAGUCUAGCUUCCUCAACUUCUGCUUUUCAAAAGAAAGAAGAAUCAAGUCCGUGUCAAUCCCCGAUCUUGCACAUAUUCCACCUUCAAUCCAACCGCUACCUGUGAAGCUAUUCUUCCAUUUGCUCCUUCUAAUUACCCCAAAGCUAUGGUCCUAUUCAAUCACAGGCUACCAACUGACUCCCAGGAUUCAUUUCUAGGUUCCAUUCCUAAGCUUUAAAUUUAGGCUACUGGUCCACCAAAAAAUUCAACCCUAAAUAAAAGAGCCUGACACUCUUCUUGCAAAUUAGUAAUAUUUACCAGCCAAAACCAACCUGUGUGGUAGGUGGCCAAUCACAAUUAAAUUGUCUAACAUUCAUUAGCCAUGAACCUUGGUGGUAGAAGGUUGGGCAGCCCUUUGUCUUUUGAGAACAUUCCUCCUCCCCUUGCUGUAAAGAUACAGAAUGGCUGCUUCCAUGCAAGAAAAUGGUAAUUUAACAGAACUGUUCCCACUUUCCAGAAAAUGCCACGAAAAUUGUUUGACCAUCCUAAUUCUCCACCAGAAGUUAGAGUAACUUUUUGACACCUCUCUCCCUACCAUUUUGUACCUCUCUCUUUUUUUUUCCUCCAGGAUUAUUGCUGGGCUCAGUGCCUGCACCAUGAAUCCACCGUUUCCUAGAGGCCAUUUUUUCCCCCUUUUGUUGCCCUUGUUGUUGUAGCCUCGUUGUUAUUAUUAUUGCCAUUGUUGAUGUUGUUCGUUGUUGGAUAGUACAGAGAGAAAUGGAGAGAGGAGGGGAAGACAGAGAAGGGGAGAGAUAGACACCUGCAGACCUGCUUCACCGCCUGUGAAGGGACUCCCCUGCAGGUGGGGAGCCGGGGGCUCGAACUGGGAUCCGUACGCCGGUCCUUGCGCUUUGCGCCACAUGCGCUUUAACCCACUGCGCCACCGCCCGACCCCCUAUUUUGUACCUCUCUUAGAAGGCCAAACAGUUGAGUGCAUCCCAAUUUAUACCUUCAGGAUAUGGUCUUUUCCUGUUACCAGUCCCCGUUCCCCCCCCCCCCCAUACACAUAGAUACACACAACCAUGCUUCCUCCAAUCAUUCUAUGGUUUCUAGGACCUGUAAAUUAUUUCCAUAGUAAAGUAUAGACCACUAGGCUUCUUAACUGAUGUCACGACAAAGCUUGGUGAGCUGGUGAAGACCUGCUAAUGUUCACCAAUUUUAUCUGCAUCCAAAUUGAGGGACAAGAACCAAGCAAAGCUGCUGCUGAACCUCGGGCAAUAGCUGGCCUUGUGGCAUCAAACUGGGGGUUAAGGAUGAAUGAGGAAUUAACAUUCAGGGAGUCUCUAAGUCUUUAUAGGUAAGACAAAAAAAAAAAAAUGUUUUAGCAGUGUGGGGAAAUGAAAAGCUAGUAUAAAUGGGUAUUCCUCAGGAAACAGCCCAGAGGCCUCUCUGCAGGAUGGGGUAUUUGCAAGGCCUCAGUAGUGAGACUCACUUAUCUUAGUAUAAUACUGCCCUGAUCUGAGUCUUAGAAUGGGCAGUCAUUUCCACAAGAGCUCCAAACACAAGUGAUAUGUAUCAGAAAGGCACUUAUAUCCUCAGCCACAUGGCAAUUCCUCUUCUUUGUCAUAUUAAGCCACCCCUAAAUCUGAGUAAAUUCUCAGUCAAAAGAAAACUAACCAGAGUCUGAACUUGAACUGCCCUGCCCCAAGCUUAGAAAUUCCCAAAAGCUGACACUGAGUUUUGACUGCUCUGAUGUCCCCAUAAUUUGGUAAUUUGAGGUGGCAGAGGCUCAUACUUGUUGCUAAGGUUCACUAGUGCAGGCCUGGUGUUUGGCACUAAUGAAACAAUUUAUAUAUAUAAAAAAUGGUCUUCAUAAAGCAUAUUUAAGGUAAUUCUGGAGUAGGUGAUCAUAUCAGAAUGGAAAAAAAAAAGUUGUAGAGCAUUCAGACUCUGUAUUUGCUGCUUCACCUCAAUAAAAUAGGCUCAAAUGAAAAAAAGGUCAAAAAGUAUAACUGACUAUAAGUAGAAAAUAAUGUUAACUUGCUUGGCUUCUUUCUUAAGCAUAGUAAGAGAAAAUGGAAAGUAAACAAUAAAAGAAUAUCUUUAAAUUUGACCUCUCUCAAAGGAAGCACUGGACUAGGAACUCUAAGAAAGUAAAUGCUUAGAGAGCAUAGAGCCCCCUGUUCUGUCAGCAGUUCAACUAGACAACAAAGAUGACAGCAGUUUGGACAAAUAGAACACUUAAUUCUGUGUGAGAUGAAUUGAUGUUUCAGAGAAUUGUCAUUACCAUGUGGGAGACUUUUAUUUUUAAUGCAGAAGAAAUCUCAAAAUAUUGUAUUUAUAUCUGCAUUUCACUGCUGCCAAUAUAUUAAGCAUCUCAUACACAAUCAACAAUAAGCAAUAAAUGAUGCAGUUCACAGAGUAUUUUGCACUUGGGGAAAAUGUAUCUGAACUUGUAAAAAGAAAUGUUUGGAAUUUGUACUUUUUUAUUAUUAUUUUAUUAUUAUUAUUAAAAUGCUAAAUGAAAUUCCAAAGCCUGGCUUUUUUCCCCACUGUUUCAAUAAUUCAUCUUAGAGCUAGUAAGAGCUUUAAGGAGACUACAGUGUCUUCUGCCUUUUAGACAAAGGAUCUACCAAAGUUUUUCAUUUACCCACCUUAUUUUUAAUAAUUUUAUAAAUUGAGAAGGCUUAUCUCUUUGUUACUUUUUAGGUUUUAUUUAUAUAUAUAUAUCUCAUGAGAUACAAAGAGAGGAAUUAGAGCACUUCUAAGCUCUGGUGUUUGUGGUUGGGAGGAGGAGUUGUGCUUUUGACCUCUGAGGACUGAGAUAUGAAAGUCUGGUGUACUAUCUCUGCUUAUCUCCAUAGUCCUCUUUGUUGUUUUGGAAAGUAGUAUCAAGAAUUACUUCCUGAGUGGGAUCUAGGAAGUAGGUAAGCUUAGGAUUCCUCCUAUCCACAAAACAGUUCCCAAAAGCUGGUCAGGUCCUCAAACAGUCUUUAAAGUGAGAUACAUGAAUACUUUCCAAGAGUAUGUGAAUACUCCAAUGGGUACCUGGACAAGAAAAUCAAUCUGAGAAAGUUUUAAGGAAAUAAAUUUUUAGUUUCUCAGUUUUAUAUGAAAUCUUACCUAGAACUAAUCUAUUUCAUAGUCAACUGACAUUUCAUAUCACCUCUUUAACCAUAAUCCCUCCCAUACCUUACAGAAGAAAAGCUUAUGCCUCCCCUACACUGAAUUAUACAUGGCCCAGGGUAUAAAAAUCUAAGGAAUGGAAGGAAGGGGUUACCUUUCUCCUUUAUAUCAACAUAGUCCCAUUGCAAUCCUUUUAUUUCAUUUUUUAAAAUGCUUCCUAUUUUCUACUUCCUACUAGCAAGUACUGAAAUUGUUAGCUGUUUAGUUCACCAUUUCUGGCCAAAUAGACCUUCUGCUACCAAGGAGAGGGCAUAGUGGAUAAGGAAGGCAUUGAACUCUCAAGCAUGAAGUCCCAAAUUUGAUCCCUAGCAUCACAUUUGCCAGAGUGAUACUCUGGCUCUCUCUCUUCCUCUCUAUCAUAAAUAUAAAUACACACCAUUUUAUUAUACCUCUUUCAUCAUGAAGUCUGACAAUUUUUUGGAAUUCUGAUUUUCACAACAAUUUUUAUUUAAUUACUCCUCAUAUUCAAACACCAGAGUUCAGCAAAAGCACACACAUACACAGGCCAAGUGGAUCACAUACCUUCUGUCUUUUCGUGUAACAAAUUGACUGAUUAAUUUUGCUGUAUACUAUAUACUGUAUGGCACUGUUCCAGAUCAUAUAAGACAAAUACAAUUUUAAAAAUAAUUUUAUAUUGUAUAUAUAUAUAUAUAUAUAUAUAUGUAAUUUAAAUCUCUAUUUCCUGGCAGGGCUUCACAUUUGUGCAGUUCCACACUUUUGGUGGACUCUGUUUCUGGGUAGAGAGCAAGACAGAGGAGAGACACAACAGCAAUGCUCCUCCUCUCAUGCAAUUUCCCCUUUGCAUAGUGGGAGGACUUAUAGAGGGGUUGCUUCAAGAGAGGUGGAACAGUGCUGUGUUGUUCCUCCUCCUCUUACACUUUAUCUAGAGAAAAGAAGAAAAUAGCCACCAGGUGGGGUCAUCUAGGCACCAAGCCUUAAUGAUAACUAUGGUGGCAAAAAAAAAAAGAAAAACUAAA